AAGAAGCACACUGCGGAGUUCAGCAAAGGAGAGAUGAGGAGAGCUGAGAGAGACCCAACAGAGAACUCAAAAUCUCUGUGACUCAAACAGCUCUGCCGUGGACUUUAAUACCAUAUCUGUGAUUAUUCAGGGCUGGACCCCCGCUUUGGACUCUUAGCAUGCUGGGAGUUCAAAGUGAUGCCCUCCUCGCUGGUUUGGUGCUUUGGAUGGGGAUUCUAUGGGGAGAGAUCGCAACACAAGAUGAGAUGGAUUUAAUCUCAACACCCAGCCUUGCUCCGGUAAUGCAGGUACCAGCCCCUAAAGAACCCCCCAGUGGAGAUUCCUUCAUGGGGCAGGACUUCCUAGAGUCGGUUCUGUCUCAUAAGGACCAACUGCUGGCUCAGAAGGGAGUGACUCUUCCAAGCGGUUUACCCCCUGAUCUGGUGCCCAUGUUGGGGAAAGGGCUGGGGGUUGGAGCAGAGGCCCUCUCCCCUGACCAGCCCCUCUUUAGGAAGUUUCUCCCUGUGCACAGUGGCCCUACUUUACCUCUGGCCGAUGAUCUGCCCACCGAACCCCCAGAAGCCAUUGCAACACCGAGCUGGGAUACCGAUGCCCCAACGCUACAUCCUGACACUGGUUCUAAGCCUUUAGUCACUGCUGCUGUUCCAAACUCUGUAAACACUGAUGCAACCCCUGGAGUUUUCACCUCAGCUGUAACAAACUGCAGGGUCAAUUUCACUGACCCAGAAGGCUACAUCGAUUCUUCAGAUGAUCCACCCCUUCCUGAAGGAGCGUUCCUGCAGUGCACAUACACAGUGACCGUGUACACUGGCUAUGGCGUGGAACUACAGGUAAAAAAUGUAAAUCUAUCAGAGAGUGAGCAGCUGUCAAUCAGAGGGGUUGAUGAAGGUGGCGCCUUGCUCGUAUUGGCCAAUCAGACGCUUCUGGUGGAAGGUCAGGUGAUCCGUAGCCCAACCAAUACAAUCUCUGUGUUCUACCGGUCGUCUCCAGAGGGGGGCGUCGGCAUGUUCCAGCUACAUUACCAAAUUUUCCGGCUGAGUUGCGCCCUACCAAGACGGCCUCAUUUUGGCGAGGUGUCUGUGAAAGACCUGCAUCCUGGAGGUACGGCCCAUUUCCAGUGCCACAUGGGAUACCACCUGCAGGGAGAUGCCACCGUCACCUGUGUCAAUGCUUCACUACCUGUGUGGAGCCAACAUGAGCCCAGCUGCAGAGCUUUGUGUGGAGGUGUUGUAAAAAACGCCACUGUAGGCCGGGUGUUGUCCCCCUCACCCCAUUCGGGCUCUAACAGUACUCUGGAUCGCAGCUGCUCUUGGUCCCUGGAGGCCCCUAAUGGCCAGAGGCUGCACUUGCAUCUGGAAAGAAUGGUGUUAGGUCCGACAGACCGGCUUGUCUUAUGGAGCGGUCUCGAUGCUGGUUCGGUGGUUCUGUUUGAUUCAGGCCAUGGUGGUCCGAUCCCGUUUGAGGGAGUGAUCAGCGAGGGCCCGGCUGUUCGGGUCCAGUUUAUAACAGAACAGCCAAACAACCACAACACUGGAUUCAACAUCCGCUAUGAGGCAUUUGAAAAGGGCCACUGCUACGAGCCGUACAUCCAAAAUGGGAAUUUCAGCACAACAGACCCAACGUAUGGCGUGGGGACAGUCGUGCAGUUCACCUGUGACCUGGGCCACUCGCUGGAGCAGGGCCCGCCCGUCAUUGAGUGCAUCAACACUCGAGAUCCCUACUGGAACGACACAGAGCCCCUGUGCAAAGCUCUCUGUGGCGGUGACCUGUCUGGCCCCAGUGGCGUCAUUCUGUCCCCGAACUGGCCUGAAUGGUAUGGGGAGGGCGAGGACUGCAGCUGGAGAAUUCAUGUCGGCGAGGACAAACGCGUCCUGCUGGAUGUACAGCUAUUGAAUCUGAGCGACAGUGAUAUGCUAACCAUUCUGGAUGGUGAUGAGGUCACAACACGUAUUCUGGGACAGUUUGUGGGAGGCACCAGCCCGUUCAAGAUGUCCUCCUCAACUCCUGACCUCACCAUCACGUUCCACUCUGAUCCAGCUGGUCUGGUCUUCGGGAAAGGAGAAGGAUUCAUCAUCAACUACAUGGAGGUGUCUCACAACGACUCAUGUCUGGACCUGCCUGAGAUACAGAACGGUUGGAAGACCACUUCUCAUGCAGCAACCGUCCGUGGAGCUCACAUCACGUAUCAGUGUGACCCGGGAUACGACCUUGUGGGCAGUGAAACUCUGACCUGUCAGGCUGACCUGAACUGGAGCAUCCAGCCCCCCUUCUGUGAGAAGAUUAUGUACUGCACAGACCCUGGCCAUGUGGAACACUCCACACGCACUCUUUCUGAUCCCAAACUUCUGGUUGGCACCACCAUCCAGUAUAGCUGCAUUCCCGGGUUCAUCCUGCAGGGUGGCGCCACACUUACUUGCUAUGGCCGUGAGCCCGGCACACCAGUUUGGACAUCUCGCUUGCCACAUUGUGUCUCGGAAGAGUCUGUAUCCUGUGAGAAUCCUGGACUUCCUGACAGUGGCUAUCAGAUCUUGUCAAAAAGGCUUUACCUGCCGGGAGAAUCUCUAUCCUUCAUGUGCUACCAAGGCUAUGAGCUCAUUGGUGAGAUGGCCAUCAAGUGCAUUCUAGGAAAUCCCUCUUUUUGGAGUGGUCCAUUACCACUUUGCAGAGCCAAUCACGAGUGCUCGAGCCAUCACACAUUAGAGGUGGCUGAGGCUGCAGCGGACUCCUCUUUUGAUGGAGGGAGCAUGGCUCUAGCUAUAUUUAUACUGGUGCUGUUAGUGUCUGUCUUACUUGGAGGAACCUACAUAUAUAUCACAAGGUGUCGUUACCAUUCAAACCUGAGACUGCCUCUGAUGUUCCCACAUCCCUACAACCAGAUCACCGUGGAAACAGAGUUUGACAACCCUCUCUAUGAGACCGGAGGGGACACAAGAGAAUACGAGGUGUCCAUAUGAAGAGACUCGCAGACACGUCCCAUAUUGCUCCAGUGCUUAGAAAAAGUGAUGUAAAUAGCGCCUGACAAUUCCACUUUCCCCACCUCCCCAACCUCCAGUGGAAAGGAACGUUCAUGAGCCGAGAGAGAGAGAGAGAGAGGGGGGGUCUUGGGAGGGGCAGUGAAACAGGAAGUAUCAGUGCAGAAACGGGUUAACCAGAAGAAGUUGCUGUGGUUUUACGACAUAUGUUUCAACAUGCACAUGCACUUGCAGUGGUGGGGUCCUCAUUAUACCAUUCACAUACAUGCGUAUGUAUGAACGUACAAGGCACAUAAAUCUGAUUCACUUUCGACCCAAAAUCUGAUAUUGGUGCCUGUCUGAACAAAGCCUAAGUGUUAUGUGACAAUGUGAGAGUAAAAGCAAAUGAAAUAGUUUGCACACGGUUCUUUCGCCUCAAUAACAUGACUUUUGGAAAAGUCUAUCCCUGAAAUACGUAAAACCCUUUGUUCCUAAAUAAAGGGGUCGUGGUGGCGCUGUCUUUGUGUGUGUUUGUGGCCCAUACUGCCUGCUGUCAUUUUUAAGUCUUUGUACUUAGAGCAGUUUGUAGUACAGGAUAUAAAGUAGUAUUUUUUUUCCCUGCAAGUGACGUCCUACUACAGCAGGGACAAAAUGAUGUAUUUAUUUUGAAGUAUAUGUGAAAUGUUCUCUGCUGAUGAUAAUGAAUACUUCAUUUUGGAGAUGAAGGAAAAAUGUAACUGAUUUCUCUAAAGAAAUG